AUGAUUGCACUCAUACGCCGAAAUCUCACCUCUCCAAUCUCGAAUCACUCUUUAUUAUCUCUCUGCAAUUCCCAUUUUUUCUCUACUUCCCAAACCCUCGUCGCCGCACCUACUGUUCUUGAUAUCUUAUUGCAUAAACACCACUUAUCCCCCGAGGUGGCUUCACUAGUUGACUCAGAUUUGAGAUUCAGUAAUCCCACCGACCCAGUAAAAGCCGAUUCAGUACUCUCGUAUUUCAGAGAUAGCGGCUUUUCGACCACCCAAUUGGAGAAGCUCGUCAAGUACAGGCCUCGACUUCUCGCGUCGAGUGUCGAGAAAACCAUCAAACCCAAGAUCAAGAUUUUCCAAGAUUUGGGGUUCUCUUCACAAGACAUCGGCGAUAUAAUCACGAAUAAUCUGACAAUUCUGCAUUCGAGCGUCGACAACAUCAUCGUCCCCUCGUUAACCGUUCUAAAACGCCUGUUGGGUUCCAAUCAUGACGUGGCAAGACUCUUACGGUUGUGCUCGUGGUUUCUGACGGUCGAUUUGGAAAAGAAUAUGGUGCCCAACGUCGAAUUCUUGAAGAGCUACGGCGUACCCAUGGAGCGUAUUCUCGUCAUACUCUAUCAUAACCCGAGGUGUCUUCUGAUCAAGACCGAGAUCAUGAAGAAGUCCGUUGAAAGAAUCGAAAGAAUUGGGUUCAAUCGGAGCUCGAAAAUGUUUGCCUAUGCGAUUAGGGUUGUUUCCAUGAUGAGCGAGGAGACGUGGGAGCGGAAGGUGCAGGCUUUUCGGGAUUUGGGAUUUUCGGAAACGGAAACGUUGGCAAUGUUCAGGAAGGCGCCGACGUUGUUUACGAAAUCACCGGAGAAGAUAAAGACCGUAAAAGAACUUGUGCUCGAAACAGGGAAGUUCAGUAUUUCAUCAUUCGUGAAUAACCCGGUUUCUCUUGCGUGCAGCAUCGAGAAUAAGUAUAAGCCGAGGUUUCAAAUAUUGGGGAUUCUUGAAAGUAGGAAUCUGAUUAACUAUUGGCCUGGUCUCUCGACAAUUUGCAAGUUGCCCGAUGAUAAAUUUUUUGGGAGAUAUAUUGGGCCUCAUUUGAGUGAACUUGGUGGUCAAGUGUACGUCGCAAACAGUUAUUGGCAAAAGGAAAUAUUAAAACCGUAA